AUGGAGCAAGAGCUCCUUUCACUGCUGGCAGACACCCAGUCGCCUACGACUGACACUAGAAAAUCUGCUGAGCAGCAUUUGGCCCAGCUCUAUACCAACGAGUCCUUUCCCAUCUCCCUGACAGCCAUUGCCACCCAUGAGUCGGUCCCCGUUAAUCUACGCCAAUCCGCCCUCUCCGUGCUGCGCACCUUUAUUGCUUCCGCCUGGUCCCCCGCGCUCGACGAAUUCAAGGGCCGGGUCCUCGUGAACGACACGAAUAAGGCGCACAUUCGCCGUGCUUUGCUCGAGCUCGCUACGACCACCGAAACACCUGAGCGCAAAGUCAAGUCCUCGGCCAGCUAUGCCGUCAGCAAGAUCGCCAGUGCCGACUUCCCCGACGACUGGCAAGAUCUCCUCCCCACGCUCCUGCACAUUAUCAACGAUGCCGCCACCACAGAUGGCGCGUUACACGGUGCCCUGAAAGUUCUUUUGGACCUUGUGGAUACAGGAUUCAGUGAGGAGCAGUUCUUUAACGUUGCCCGCGACCUGGUUUCAGCGCUUUUUGCUGUGGCCACUGCGGAAUCUCGACGCCCCAUACUGCGCGCCCUCGCCGUGGCGGUUUUCCGGUCCUGCUUUGAUACAUUGGAGAUGGUUCUCGAGCAGCACAAAGUUGCUAUCAAACAGUUUAUGGACGAGGUGCUGGGUGGCUGGUCACCAUUCUUCGUGUCAACUUUGAAGGCUCCCCUACCCCAGGUCCCAAGCGAGGACGAAGCAAACAAAGAUGUGGACAUUGCAUCGCAGUGGAGAGGAACCAUUGCUCUGAAGACCCAGAUUGUCAAGACUCUUAUGAAAAUCCGCAUGGUCUUCCCUGCUCUCCUAACUGCCCAGAGUCCGCUAUACUUUUCUACCGUGUGGACGGAGCUUACGAAUAUGCUUCCCAUUUAUCAAAAUUUUUAUAUCGAGGCUGACCGGCAAGGCCGCCUGGAGGAUGUGGAUGGACUGCCCCACUCCCUGGAUUUCCUUGUCCUGGAAGAGCUGGAUCUGAUCCAGACUCUGCUGAAAGCACCUCCAGUGAAGGCAGAGCUGAACCAACAGCUCCAAAAUGCCGGUUCAAACAGCUGGCUACCAGAAAUUAUGAAGCUCUCCAGCUCUUACGCGCAGAUCACCAUGGAAGAGGAGGGCUUGUGGGAGAUUGACGUGAGCCUAUUCCUGUCAGAGGAGACCUCGGUCACUGCGAACUAUACGCCUCGGACCGUCAGUGGGGACCUGGCCAUCAAAACAGGUGAAUGGCUGAAGAGUACCGCGGCCGAAGGGCUGCUCAGCUAUAUGAACUCUCUCUUUGGUGAUUCUGCUACCUCGUGGAAAUCUCGUGAAGCAGCCCUUUAUAUUCUCAACUCCAUUCUCCGGGACUUCAGCGAGGUGAAUCAGACAAUCUCCCUGGAGCUGGCUAAUCAUUUUAACCAGUUUGUGCACUAUGCGACGCAACAAGAGCAAGAGCUCUUACGUGCACGGGGCUACCUUGUGGCCGGCGUCUUAGCCCGUGUCACGGGUGAGAGUUUCCAGCAAACUGCAUCUGCCUACCUGGAAGCUACGUUGAGAGCGAUUUCAGAAGACCCCUCCGAGGUGGUCAAGGUGGCUGGUAUCCGGGUCUUGCAAGACCUCGUCCCCUCCUUGCCCGCCAGCGCUGCUGCCCCCUUCCAGGCACCUGUGAUCUCGGCCAUCUCGGAAUUUGCUUCUACACAAGAUAUGAGCGAUCCCAGCGACUCGGGCGAUCUUGCGGUCACGCUGGCCGAGGCACUGCGGGAUACCAUCAUGGUAGAUCCAAGCGUGGUUCUGUCGUCGGGUGCCAUGGACGGGCUGUUCAAGAUUGCCAGCGGAAAAUCCGACAAUUUCCAGCUGACUAUGACCGUCACCGAAGCAUUCGAGGAUAUCGCAGAGCACAUUGCCAAUCUCGGUCCAGAAGCGUACCAGGGCCUCUGCGAGAAGGUGCUGCCUUCCCUGAUGGGUGCCAUUGAUGUCGGCAAUCUGACCGAGGAGAACACCCUCACAGUAUUUGCGGCCGAUCUGCUCCGAGCUCUGACGGAGGGAAGUCUCGAGCCGAUGCCCGCUGGCUUUGUGGAAACGGUGAUGCCCAAGUUGAACCGCCUGUUGCUGGCCUCUACCGAGGCAGAACUGAUCCGGCCGGCCACAGAAGCGGUCCGACAUAUGCUGGCACACGAUUUCACGCAAUUCGUGAACUGGCGGGAUCCGCAGUCCGGCAAAGAGGCAAUUGAGGUCGUGCUCAUCAUCAUCGACCGCCUGCUGGGUCCCGCGGUGGACGACAAUGCAGCCACCGAGGUGGGCCAAUUGGCGGCCGAGCUGGUCGAGCGCGCUGGCUCCGAGCGCCUAGGCCCUUACCUGCCGCAGCUUCUUCAGGCCGUGGCACAACGGCUAGCAACUGCGCAGCAAGCGCAGUUCAUCCAGAGUCUGAUCCUGGUGUUUGCACGGCUCACGCUCAUCAGCGCCCACGAGGUGGUCGACUUCCUGGCGCAGGUGGACCUGAGCGGCCAGAACGGUCUAGUGGUCGUGCUGAGCAAGUGGCUCGAGAACUCGGUCAACUUUGCUGGCUACGACGAGAUCAAGCAGAACAUCUUUGCGCUGGCCCGGCUGUACGAGCUGGCGGACCCGCGACUGUCGGAGGUGCCCGUCAAGGGCGACCUCAUCAUCCAGGACACGGGUCGUAUCAAGACACGGUCCCAGGCGCGCAACAACCCGGACCAGUUCACGACCGUGCCUGCACCAUUGAAGAUCAUCAAGGUGCUCGUCGAAGAGCUGUCGGCUGCUUCAGGAAAUAAGGAGAUCGACGCUGCAGCGGCAGCCGCGCUCGAUGAGGCGGGCAGCGACGACGGCGACGACGAUUGGGAGGAUGUCCCCGGCCAGAUCUUGGAUCUCGGCCUGGGUGUGACGAAGCAGGAGCUCAUGAGCUUCGCUGAGGGCGGGUCGGAGGGAGUGUUUGGUGUGCGACGCCGUGACGACGAGACGCAGGGUUUCCUGGUGGAGUUCUUCCGUCGGGCAUCGACACAGCCGGGAUUCCAAGAGUUGUAUGGGGCGUUGACGCCGGACGAACAGGGCAAAUUACAGGGACUGGGAUAG